AUGGGUUUGAAACCUAAUGUCAUGAAGAAUGUGGCUUCUGCUCUGUUUCUUCUAGGGUUUCUAGUCUCUUUAGUCUCUGCUUCUGUCUCUUACGAUAGCAGAGCUAUUACCAUCAAUGGCAAAAGAAGAAUCCUUAUCUCUGGAUCCAUUCAUUACCCCAGAAGCACUCCUGAGAUGUGGCCAGAUCUAAUAAGGAAAGCAAAAGAAGGAGGUUUAGAUGUGAUUCAGACUUAUGUGUUCUGGAAUGGGCAUGAGCCUUCUCCUGGAAAAUAUUAUUUUGAAGGCAACUAUGAUUUGGUUAAGUUUGUCAAGUUGGUCAAACAGUCUGGACUCUAUCUUCAUCUAAGGAUUGGUCCUUAUGUCUGUGCUGAAUGGAACUUUGGUGGAUUUCCUGUUUGGCUUAAGUACGUUCCAGGGAUUAGCUUCAGAACAGAUAAUGGUCCUUUCAAGGCUCAUAUGCAAAGAUUCACUACAAAGAUUGUUAACAUGAUGAAAGCUGAGAGGCUGUUUGAAUCCCAAGGCGGUCCUAUAAUCCUCUCUCAGAUUGAAAAUGAAUAUGGACCAAUGGAGUAUGAGCUCGGUGCACCCGGUAGGUCUUACACAAACUGGGCAGCUAAAAUGGCUGUGGGUCUAGGCACUGGUGUCCCAUGGGUUAUGUGCAAACAAGACGAUGCUCCAGACCCCAUUAUCAAUGCCUGCAAUGGCUUCUAUUGUGAUUACUUCUCUCCAAACAAGGCUUACAAACCGAAGAUGUGGACUGAAGCCUGGACUGGAUGGUUUACAAAGUUUGGAGGCCCAGUUCCUUAUCGUCCAGCUGAAGAUAUGGCAUUCUCCGUUGCAAGGUUUAUCCAAAAGGGUGGAUCCUUCAUCAAUUACUACAUGUUUCACGGUGGAACCAAUUUUGGUCGUACUGCUGGUGGUCCGUUUAUUGCAACCAGCUAUGAUUAUGACGCUCCUCUUGACGAAUAUGGACUUGAAAGGCAGCCUAAGUGGGGUCACUUGAAAGAUUUGCAUAGAGCAAUCAAGCUGUGUGAGCCAGCAUUAGUAUCAGGACAACUCACAAGAAUUCCCCUUGGAAAUUAUCAAGAGGCUCAUCAGUACAAAUCAAAAUCUGGAGCUUGUUCAGCAUUCUUAGCAAAUUACAAUCCAAGAUCUUAUGCCAAAGUUUCUUUUGGGAAAAACCACUACAAUCUACCUCCAUGGUCUAUUAGUAUUCUUCCUGACUGCAAAAACACAGUUUACAACACAGCCAGGGUUGGUGCUCAAACUUCAAGGAUGAAGAUGGUUAGGGUCCCUGUUCAUGGAGGAUUAUCUUGGCAAGCAUACAAUGAAGAUCCAUCAAGUUACGUUGAUGAGUCAUUCACGAUGGUGGGAUUAGUGGAGCAGAUCAACACUACACGAGACACUUCAGAUUACCUGUGGUACAUGACUGAUGUUAAGAUUGAUUCCAACGAAGGGUUUUUGAGGUCUGGGAAGUUGCCAACUCUUACUGUUCUAUCAGCUGGACAUGCUAUGCAUGUGUUCAUUAAUGGCCAGUUAUCUGGAUCUGCUUAUGGUAGUUUAGACUCUCCCAAGCUAACAUUCCGAAGAGGUGUGAAUCUAAGAGCUGGUUUCAACAAAAUUGCUAUACUGAGCAUCGCUGUUGGUCUCCCGAAUGUGGGACCACAUUUUGAGACAUGGAAUGCUGGAGUUUUAGGUCCAGUUUCAUUAAACGGUCUUAAUGGUGGACGGAGAGAUCUGUCCUGGCAGAAAUGGACUUAUAAGGUUGGUCUCAAAGGAGAGAGUCUAAGUCUUCAUUCACUCAGCGGUAGCUCAUCAGUUGAGUGGGCAGAAGGUGCUUUUGUGGCUCAAAAGCAGCCACUUACUUGGUACAAGACGACAUUCUCUGCUCCAGCUGGCGAUUCACCGUUGGCUGUGGACAUGGGAAGCAUGGGAAAAGGUCAGAUAUGGAUUAAUGGGCAGAGCGUGGGACGUCACUGGCCUGCAUACAAAGCAGUUGGUACUUGCAACGAGUGUUCUUAUAAGGGAACAUUCAAUGAGAACAAGUGCUUAAGAAACUGUGGAGAGGCUUCUCAGAGAUGGUACCAUGUCCCAAGGUCAUGGCUGAAACCAACUGGGAAUCUAUUGGUUGUCUUUGAGGAAUGGGGAGGAGAUCCAAACGGAAUCUCAUUGGUCAGAAGAGAAGUAGACAGUAUUUGUGCAGAUAUCUAUGAGUGGCAAUCAACGCUUGUGAAUUACCAGUUGCAUGCUUCUGGAAAAGUAAAUAAACCAUUGCAUCCCAAAGUGCAUUUACAGUGUGGGCCUGGACAGAAGAUCACCACAGUGAAGUUUGCUAGCUUUGGCACACCUGAAGGAACUUGUGGUAGUUACCGUCAAGGAAGCUGUCAUGCUCAUCACUCCUAUGAUGCUUUCAACAGACUUUGUGUUGGGCAGAAUUGGUGUUCUGUAACCGUAGCACCGGCUAUGUUUGGUGGUGAUCCUUGUCCAAAUGUGAUGAAGAAACUAGCUGUAGAAGCGGUUUGCGGUUAA